GUGGCCGAGUUUUGAACAUAAGUUUUUUUUGAUCACAUCUCUUUGCAUAGUUGAAUGUUGCAUUUUUGAAAUUUGAUUCCACUUGAAUCCAAAGUGUUACUUUUCGCGAUCAAAAUUAUUAUAAUAGUUUUGAAAUAUUCUAUUAUAAAAACGGAUAAAAUUAAAACGACUUAAAUUGGAUUAAUAUAAACAAAGUUAGUGUGUUUAUCAUCGACAUCAAAGUACUUUGUGUGUUAUUAAGCCAGAGAAAAAAUUAUUCGCCCGUGAACAUUGCCAAUACGAAAAGUGUCAACGUUGAUUCUAUGACCGUUUCGCAUCAAUUUGUGGUUUAAAGUGUUGAAUAAAAUGCCACAACAGUAUCAUCCGUUGUCCGAUGCAAUGUACGCCGAUUAUAGACAACCGCCACCUUCUUAUCAGGAUAAUUACCAGAUGAUGUAUCAGCAUUCGAAUUUCCAACAUUACCGUUCGUCCAUAGCUCCUUCCGGUGGAAAUGAUUUUGGAUACGAAUACAGUCAACCGUAUUAUCCAUCACUUCAAUCGACAAAUUCGUAUGGCAUGAUACCCGCUUACAAUAACGGCAAUAGCACAUUUGCCAACAGUUUUCAUGCAUCACCUUAUUCGACCAAUUUCCAUGCACCAUCAUACACGUCUUAUGACAGUCUAUCCGCAUCACCAACGGAUGCAUUAAAUGUGAAACCUGAUUUAGAUGCCGACAACACCGUAUCGAUCGAAAACAAUUUGAUGAGAAAUAGUCCAAUUGAAAGCAGUGAUCGAUCGGAAAGCAGCUUUAGCUCGAAAUUAGAAGUUUGCUCAAAGAGUGAUGAUACACUAACGGAGCUAUCGGAAAACAUUGGUAAUUCAGAUCAAAAUCUUGUGGACACCAAUCAUCAAAGCUGUAAUGAGGAAAAUAUUUCAAAUUCAUUAAAUCAACCGAUUGUGUCGUCGACACGCAGUGAAUUGCGCAAAAAUGGUAAACUUCGUUGCAAACGUAAGCCACGCGUUCUAUUUUCUCAGUCACAAGUGUUAGAAUUGGAGAGACGUUUUCGACAACAACGUUAUGUAUCGGCACCCGAACGGGAAAUACUCGCUCAAUCGCUGAAUUUAACAGCCACUCAGGUAAAGAUUUGGUUUCAAAAUCGGCGAUACAAAUCAAAGCGUGUUCAAAUCGAAACCAACAACAAUAUUAGCGCCAACAAAAACACCAGUGCGACUUUUAAAAGUCAUGAGACAAUUUCCAGUGACAAUGAUGCACAAAAUUUAGAUAAUUUGGAAUUGAAUCCACGCCGAAAAGCCAAACAAAAGGAAAUUUUAAUGGAAUCGGCCGAUGAUCAAACAACCAAAUCCGCUGAUUUUUCGAUGUUAAAUUCUAUGUCACCAGUGAAGAUUGCCAACGACAUCCAUGAGCCGUUUUAUUCGAAUCGAGGCUCCGUUAUUCCGCCACCGUAUUCAUCAAAUCUUUAUAAUCCAACCGGAAGCUUAUAUGCAAUGAAUCAACAGAGCUAUGAUCAGUAUAAUAAUAUGCCGCCAGGAUCCAGUUCGUUUUCAUGCUAUGACAAAAUUUCCUAUUGGUAACGACACGCAAUGGUCGUUUAACGGAAAAAGCGAUCCAACACCAAAGCCAAUGUUAUUGUACCUUAAGUAAUUUGUAAUUGUUCACAUCCAAUAUCUAAUUCAAAUGAAAAUUUCAUAAUUAAAAAAAAGCAAUGACAUGUACUCAUAAGUUUAAGAUUAAUCUCAUUUUUCUAAGAAUUUUGUUUUUUAUUUUCAUUUCGUUAUAACUGCGACAAUUUGCACAUAAAUCAUCAGCAGACAAUUUACGAAUUUCGUAUCGGUUCGAAAGUAUGAGCAUGAAAUUUGUAUCUCUGCUCUAAAGCAGAGAAUGUUUCGAAUGUUUUUUUUUUUAUAUGUGUGAGGGGUGCUUUGAGGAGCCGGAGAAGCACUGAGGAGCCCUGCUCAAAAAAAUUAAACAAAAAAGAUGAAAAAAGAAAACUUCUUGAAAUGAAAAGAAAAUGUGGUCCUGUUCCUUCAGCUUCUCAGAGCGCCCCUCGUACAUUGAAUUCUCCGCAAAAGCGUCUCUGAUUUAGAUAUAGAAUUUUCGAUAAGAAAAAUCAUUUAGAAAAUGUCUAAACGAAUCUAUGUUUAAGAUGAAAAUUGAUUAUAUAUCCAUUCGCUACCAAAAUUUAAC